AUGCAGAUGCAGCGGAUGCAGCAGCAACGGACAGCGGCGGCGAUGGGUGGCGCAGGCGGAGGUAUGGGGAUGAUGGCGGCGGGCGGCGGCGGCGGGGGGCACAACAGUGGUGGAAUGGAGGGGCAACAGAGUGCGCAAAGCGGCGGCUUGAAUAUGCAACCGCGACAGGGCUAGCUGGUCAGCUUGGCCCGAGGCUCUGCCGCCGGACGCGGACGGGAUUUGGGGUGGAGUGGGGGGGAUCAUGGAUGUAAUUUUGGAUGAGUAGGUCAGAGUUUAGAUCAGCUUUCUGUCUAGCUGAAGGUGAGGGGGAUUCUGUCUUUAGCGCCGAAGGGAGGUGAGUGUUGACCAGCUCUCCGCCCAAGCGUGGCGAAACUGCCAAGAAUUACUUAUAUAUGGGGUUUGUCCGAAUAGGUUAGGGUUAGGGGGGGGAGGGGGGGGGAGCGUACUUAUGUUUUGCAUGCCUCAGCGGUAAAACCAUUGACCACGCGCUUUCCAGAGAGGAUGGAGCGUUGUCCCCACAGAACCGACCGAUCACUGAUGGCUAAUCGUUCCUUCCUACUUU